CUGAUUUUCUUCUGUUAAUAUAGAGAGAGAGAGAGAGAGAGAGAGAGAGAGAGAGAGAGAGAAUCUUUAAUUUUCGAAUAGCCUCGAAUAUUCCCGAAAUUACCUAAUUUCCAUUUAAUAACCUUCUCCCUUGACUCUCAUCAAUCUAUUCUUUUGAUUCUCAGGAAUGGCGAGUGGUUUUGGUGAAUCAACAAGCAUGCCUCCACCAAGUCCAUCUUGCUCGAGCAGUAAUAAUGCUAACGAUGCUGGUGAUUUUGAAUGCAAUAUUUGCUUUGAAUUGGCUCAAGAUCCAAUCGUCACACUUUGUGGUCAUCUCUUCUGCUGGCCAUGUCUCUAUAGAUGGUUGCACCAUCACUCGCAUUCUCAAGAAUGUCCGGUUUGCAAGGCCCUGAUACAAGAGGAAAAACUUGUUCCCCUUUAUGGCAGGGGGAAAAACAAGACUGACCCGCGCUCUAAAUCGUAUUCGGGCAUGGAAAUCCCAAACCGCCCAGCUGGGCAAAGGCCGGCUACUGCUCCUCCUCCACCCCCGGAAACAAAUCAGUUUGCAAAUUAUGGGUUUGGAUUGAUGGGCAGUUUUGUUCCGAUGGCAACCGCAAGGAUCGGUAACUUCACCAUGGGUUUUGGAGGCCUAUUGCCAUCCUUGUUUAAUAUUCAUUUUCAUGGAUUUCCAGAUGCUACCGUGUAUGGAACAACUUCAGGGUUUCCUUAUGGGUUCAAUACAUUUCACGGUGGUGUUGCUCAUGGGUUUCCCCAGCCGACGACACGAGGGCAGCAGGCAGAUAAUGUUUUGAAGAAUCUUCUGUUGUUGAUUGGGGUGUUUGUCGUCCUCGCUUUGCUUUAUUGGUGAAAUAGUUCAGCAUUUAAGCUGUUAUCCAGUGUUGGAUAUUCAGUGUCUGUAGAUAUACCAGCAGCACUGGAGAAUGAUUAUGUUUGGGCUUGAGAAAAAGUUGUCUAUAUGAAUGAUACUGUCAUUUUUGUUUCUUUUUAGCAUCAGCAACAAUAAAAACAAGUGAAAGUUCCUCAUUUUUCCUCUUAGACAUGGAAAAUUUAUGUUGAUUGCUUGUUCAAUUAAUGUAAUCCUAUUGUACUGAA